AUGGUUGAUGCUCUUGUUUCUAAUGUCAUUCGGGCAUUGGCCACCAUUGUUCAAAACGAGAUUGAACAAGAGGUAAGACUGGUGGUGGGUGUGAAAAAGGACAUCGAGAAGCUCUCCAGUACUUUAAUGAAAAUCCAGGCUGUGCUAAGGGAUGCUGAAAAGAGGCAAUUUAUGGAUGAUUCAGAUUCAGAUUCAGUUCGGCUUUGGUUACAAGAUCUGAAAGAUGUAGCUUAUGACAUUGAUGAUGUUUUAGAUAAGUGGACCACUCAAAUUCUCAGGAUCAAAUCCUCCUCCUCUUCACAAAUAGACGAUGAUGAUGAUGCUCGCAUCAGCCGGAGCAUUAAGAAGGUAUGCCCCAGCAACUUGUUUUCUUCUUGCUUUCAUUUCAAGCGAAUCGGUUUGAGCUAUGAUAUUGGUCAUAGGAUAAAGGAUAUAAAAGAAAGACUAGAUGAGAUUGCAAGUGAGAAAGAUAAGUUCGGUUUUACUGAAACUACUACUAGAAAUGAUGAAAUUAUAGAGAGAGAGUCAAAAAGGAGACUAGAAACUAGCUCCUUGGUUGAUGUCUCAGAGGUAUUUGGUCGUGACAUGGAUAAAGAUAUCAUAAUAAGCAAGUUGGUGAGUGAAGGCAGCCAUCAAGAAGUUGUGGUUUCUGGAUUAAUCCCCAUCAUCAUCUCCAUUGUGGGCAUGGGUGGUAUGGGAAAAACCACACUUGCCCAACUUGUCUUCAGUGAUGAUAAGGUGAAGAACCAUUUUAAUAAGAGAAUUUGGAUAUGUGUGUCUAAAUCUUUUGAUAAAAUGAAGGUUGCCAUGAAUAUUAUCAAAGAAAUCGGUGGUGGUAACACUAAUUUUGUUUCCCAAAGUGGUGAAAAUAAUCUUACAUGGGAAAAUGUGCAUCGUCAACUGACUAGUUGUGUUGAUGGAAAACAUUUCCUACUCGUGCUAGAUGAUAUUUGGAUUGAGGAUCGUAUGGAGUGGGAUCCAUUGUGGCUUUCUCUCAAACAGGGUUUUCAAGGAAGCAAAAUUAUUGUCACCACACGCAACGAGAGGGUUGCAGAUAUAAUGUGUACCACAUAUGUCCAUAGGUUAAGGACAUUGUCUGAUGAAGCUUGUUGGUCAUUAUUCAGACAUUAUGCCUUUGCUGGAAGGCAAGAAGAAGAGUGUGAGAAAUUGGAAGAAAUUGGGAUGAAACUCACAAAGAAGUGUAAUGGAUUGCCUCUUUCAGCAAAGACUUUAGGAAGUCUUUUGCGUUUUAAAAAGUCAAAACAUGAUUGGCAAUAUAUGUUGGAAAGUGAUAUAUGGAAGGUUGUAUCAAGCGUUGAUCGAUCGGUCUUGCCGGCUCUGUUACUAAGCUAUAACGAUUUGUCCUCUCGUUUGAAACAAUGCUUUGCAUUUUGUUCUCUCAUCCCGAGAGGUUAUGAUAUUUACAACCGAGGUAUAAUCCGACAAUGGAUGGCACAAGGCCUUCUUAGUGACAAUAAUUUGGCAACAAACAGUGAGGAUUUCAUUGCAGUAGGUGAUGAGUAUUUUAAUAAUUUGGUUAUGCGUUCAUUCUUUCAAAAAGAUGUUACAAAAUCAAGAGGCAUACGAGAAUAUUGCCAAAUGCAUGAUCUUAUUCAUGAUUUUGCAAAAUUUUUUGUAGAGGACGAAUGUUUUACUCUAACGAUUAAGGAGGAUACUAGUAGUAGUAGUGCUAGUGUUAAGGAAUUCAACUUUAAUAGAGCCCGUCAUUUAUAUCUAUUAAUAGAAGAAGAAGAAGAGGUAAGCACAAUUCCUUCUUUCCUCUACAAGGCAAAGAAUCUGCGCACUCUUAAAAUCUAUGGACACAUUCCUAAGGUUUCUUCUGACUUAUUUAGUCACUUAAAGUGUCUAAGGACUCUAGAUUUGGAUGGUACUUAUCUUGAAGAGCUUCCAAAGGAGAUAGAGAAAUUGGUACAUCUAAGGUACCUUGACUUGUCCAAGGCAAGGUUUAAGGAAUUACCUAAAACAGUGACUAAUCUAUACAAUUUGCAAGCAUUAUGCCUUUACCGUUGUAGCAAUCUUUGUGAACUGCCGAAGGGUAUUGGGGAAUUAGUCAAUUUGAUGGAUCUUAAUCUAACCGAAUGUCGGCAACUAAGCUAUUUACCCCAAGGAAUUGGGAGAUUAAGCAGAUUGCGUGGUUUGUCAAACUUCAUUAUUGGUGGGGUGGAGAGUGGUGGAUGUAAGAUUGGAGAACUAAAAGAUCUCAAUUUCCUCAAAGAUUCUCUACGUAUAGUAGGCUUGGGAAGAGUGGUAAAUGGAAAUGAGGCUAAGAUGGCAUGCUUGAAGAAUAAGCAACACCUUCGUGCUCUGUAUUUCUAUUUUGAUCAAUAUACCGGUGUUUCGCUAGUUGAUGAUGAAGUCAUUGAUGAAGAAGCAGAAUACUUGGAAGAAGAAGAAGAAGAAGAAGAACAACAACAACAACGCUCCCCAGUCAGUGGAGAAGACGGCCCCAUAGAUUCACUACGUUUGUUAGGUGCGAGAGUGAAAAGAUACCUUACCCUCAAAGGGAUUGGGAGACGGAUUGAAAGAUUACGCUUCCCCAUAGAUUCACUACGUUUAUUUACAGGUGAAGGUUUGUUGAUGAGCAUGGAGGAUGUGCUAGAAAGUCUCGAACCACAUCCAAACCUUGAGAAACUAAUAAUUAGAGACUACCCUGGUGCUUUUUUCCCCGAAUGGAUGGAUAGACAUGCAAACUUCAUGAUUUUCUCCAAUCUGGUUUUCUUGGAAGUGUAUUGGUGCUGCAAGUGUAAGCAAUUGCCGCCAACUCUGGGGAAAUUGCCAUCCCUUGAAACCCUUGUUAUAGGUGGAAUGGAUAUGGUGAGAUUCAUGGGUGCUGAGUUUUUUGGAAUUGAUGAUGUUGGUCCUACAAGAAAAAGAAGUGGCGGUGGUGGUGAUGGGGUUGAUCACACAAUUAUAUUCCCAAAGUUGAAAGUAUUUUUGUUGGGUGAGAUGAGGAAUUUGGAAAAGUGGGAUAUGAGAAUACAAGAAGAAGAUGGGAAAGACUUCAUCUUUAUGCCGUGUCUCCAAUAUCUUGUUCUUAUGGAAUUGCCCAAGUUAAGUACAUUUCCACAACACCUUACCCAGGCUACCCUCCUAAGGAAAUUGUUCAUAUGGAACUGUCCAAACUUGACUUGGAUGCCAUCUCCAUCCUCACAUGAUCUUUUUCAGUUGAUUUUAGAAGAAGACAACGCAGGUUCAGUUUCAUGCAACUUGUCUUCGAUGCCAUCUUCACCCUCACAUCUUCCUUCUCUACACAUUGAGGAGUUGAUUUUAAAAGAAGACGCAGGUUCAUUUUCAAUCGAAUUAACAAUAAAUGACCAAAUGUUUCUCCCUAACCUCAAGUUGCUGCGUGUGAGACAAUCACCUUACUCGUUUUUACCUCAAGGAUUAGGGAAACUAGCAUCACUUCAGAUUCUGGAUAUUCGAACCUGUUCCGAGAUCGAAUCAAUACCUGAUGGGGAGUUGCAGCAUCUCGCUACACUCCAAGAGUUGACGAUCAUGAGGUGUCCUGCCUUGAAAGAACGUUGCCAAAAGGGGAUAGGAGAAGAUUGGAGCAAGAUAUCUCACAUACCAAACAUCUUCAUCGAUGGAGAGAAGAUCAAAUGA